AUGAUACUUUGGGAUUGGGAUUUGAAGCAAUGGUACAAGCCCUAUUACCAGAAUGCUGGCAGUGGAAAUGGAGUUGAUCUCUCAGUCCUAAAUGAGGCUCGGAACCUGCUAACAGACCUCCUGGCUGACCCAUCUCUUCCACCACAUGUGAUUUCUACCCUUCGAAGCAUUAAUAGCCUGAUUGGUGCUUUCUCAGGCACAUGCAGGCCCAAGACUAGUCCAUUCACACCAUUUCCUGUGUCUAGAGGUUACGCUGUGGAAGAUCCUGCAGAAUCAGGGCAGUAUGAGAUUCCUUGGAAUGUCACAUGGAUAACUGCAGAAAUCAGUUGGGGAUUAAAUAGCAGGAAUAGCCUGCCAACAUCACAGCUGAGACGAGCUUCAGGAGUUUCUGGCAUGUCACCUACAGAAUCAACAUCAUCUAGAUGGGAAAGGAGCAACAUCAAGAGAUCUCAUCAGGAAUAUAACACAGCAAGCCAAGGUUCUCAUUCAAGUGGGUCUUUUGGUGCAAACUUGCUGACAAUACCAAAGCAAAGAUCAUCUUCUCUGAUGCUGAGUCACCACAUAGGUCCCAGACGAGCAGGUGCUUCUCCUGGCCUGAGUCCUGUGGGUUCACCUAGUCAUGGAUCUGCCUCCAGUGGAGCUUUCAGCAACUGGUCACCUGUAGAAUUUCCUGAUACUGCUGAUUUCCUUACAAAGCCAAGCAUUAAUAUACAUAAACUUCCAGGAUACACAUUUAGCUCUCCAGAGUUUCAGCAGCAAGUCAAAACACCUGUAGGUUAUACGUGUAGCAGCUGUGGACGUCAGAUACUCAAGCCUGUUCCAACACCAGAACCAGAAUUUGCAGAAUACAAAGACAGAAGAUCAGGUGAAACUGGAUGUGCUAAUGUUUCAAAAGAACCUUUCCACCACACAGAGAACAGAAAAGAUGAAAGGAAGGAAAUGAUUGAUCAAACAGAAAAUAAUCUGCUUGUGGAGCAGAGUUCUACAUCAGAAACAAUGUUAUUAGACCAUGAUUCACUAAUGGAGAAGAUGAACAAUUGGAAUUUCCAAAUUUUUGACCUUGUACAAGAAAUGGGAGACCAGUCUGGAAGGAUCCUUAGCCAGGUAACUUAUACCUUGUUUCAAGACACUGGUUUGUUUGAAAUUUUCAAAAUCCCAACUCAGGAGUUCAUGAAUUACUUCUGUGCACUAGAAAAUGGCUACCGAGAUAUACCCUAUCACAAUCGCAUACAUGCCACAGAUGUCCUGCAUGCAGUGUGGUACCUGACAACACGGCCCAUUCCUGGAUUUCAGCAAGUUCAUAAUGAGCAUAUAAUGGCAAGUGAUCUGGAUGAAGCCAGUAGUAUCACCUCUGUUCAAGCCAGCUACAUUUCUUCCAAAAGUUGUCCUAUUGUUGAUGACAGUUAUGGUUGUCUGGCAUCAAAUAUUCCUGCUUUGGAAUUGAUGGCUUUAUACGUAGCAGCUGCCAUGCAUGAUUAUGAUCAUCCUGGUCGUACAAAUGCUUUUCUAGUGGCCACAAAUGCACCUCAGGCUGUUCUCUACAAUGACAGAUCUGUCUUAGAAAAUCACCAUGCUGCUUCUGCCUGGAAUCUUUUCUUAUCACGACCAGAAUACAACUUUUUAUCCAAUCUCGAUCAUGUAGAAUUCAAGCGUUUUCGUUUCUUAGUGAUUGAAGCAAUCCUUGCCACAGAUCUCAAGAAGCAUUUUGAUUUCCUUGCAGAAUUUAAUGCCAAGGUCAAUGAUAUCAACAGUAAUGGUAUAGAGUGGAGCAAUGAAAAUGAUCGCCUACUGGCCUGUCAAAUAUGCAUCAAACUGGCAGAUAUUAAUGGUCCAGCCAAAGUUAGAGAGCUGCAUUUGAAAUGGACAGAAGGCAUUGUUAACGAAUUUUAUGAACAGGGUGAUGAAGAAGCAAGUCUUGGAUUACCUAUAAGCCCCUUCAUGGAUCGUUCUUCUCCACAACUUGCUAAACUGCAAGAAUCUUUCAUUACUCACAUAGUUGGUCCCCUUUGUAAUUCCUACAAUGCAGCUGGGUUGCUUCCAGGGCAUUGGGUUGAUGAAGAGGAGGAGGAUGCAGACAGUAAUGAAGAUGAUGAUGGUGCACAGUUAGAGAGUGAUGAGGAAGAAAUGGAAGAUGAUCUUAUUUUGAAAGCUCAAAGGAGAAAAGGCAGACGAAUAUUUUGCCAGCUAAUACACCAUCUCAGUGAAAAUCACAAAAUAUGGAAGAAAGUGAUUGAAGAGGAAGAAAAAAAUAAAACUGAAGGAGCUAAACUGCUGACUGAAAUCUCAUCUUUACCUCAAGCAGAUGAAAUUCAGGUUAUUGAGGAGGCUGAUGAAGAUGAUGAACGACAACUAGGAGAAGACAAGCCAUGCUAAGAAAACUUCAGUGGUGUCCAGUACGAUGAUAAGCCUACAUUUUUUCCACUGUGCUGACUUUAGCCUGACACAGUUCACAUAAAAUUGAAAGGCCUUAAUACUGUGAGAGGAUUUUUUUUACUCUAGUGGAAUCCCACUCCUAUGCACUUUCGCCACACAGAAUAUGAAACUUUAUUCAGAGAUUGAAUAUUGUAUACCCUGAUGCAAAGUUCUUUAUGCCUUAGUUGGUAUAAAAUAUCCUGAUAUAAUGCUGCCUUGCUGAAUAUGGAACUCUUCUUUUCCUUGAGGUACCUGCAAUUUUUAAAAACAUUCAGUGACUUCAAUUACCAAAAUGGCAAGAACUUUUCACUAACAAGGAAAUGUGGGAUGAAUCCUAAUAUUGUCUUGAGUUGCUUAUUUAAUGUUGGUUUUGGACAUGAAUGAGAAAAAGUCUAUGCCUAUAUGAAAACUCUGUUGCAGUGUAAGCCUGUUGUGGGGUGUCUACUUAGUGCAGUAGUGUGCUUAAUGUAGCCAUCUCAGAGCAACUGUACAAGGACUGUGACAUAAAUGCUGAAUUCUGAUAUUUGUGGUUU